UCAAAUACACUUGGGCUUGAAAAAUUAUACAUUUCAAUCGAAAGUUAUCUAAUUAAUAAUGAAUUUGAAUGCAGCUAUGAAUUCUAUGACCAAAAAUUAUUUUCUGUUAGCGUUGUUCGUAAUUCACUCAGCUACCUCAGAUAAAUCACAGAUCUCAAAAAAUUUCAAUAAAAAUCUGACGGAAAAGAAUGAUACUGAGAAUGAAAAUAAUCAUCGAUACAAAAACGAGACUCUUUUUCAAAUGAACGAAUUGAUGGAACUAAAUGAACGAGAGAAAAUACAAUUUCGCACAUUAGAUUUUGUAAAACGUGUUCUAGGCCACAGGAAGCAAAUACUAGGAUCAAGAGAGAAUACAUUGAUACAAACCGCAAAAAUGAUGUAUGAUAUUGAUAACUUGAAUUAUUUGAUGAAGAAGUCAUUGAAAGAGGCGAAAAAUCCGGAAGCACUGGAAGAUUCAUUACGUCAUGCAUCCUGGAAUGAAAAGCUACGGAAUGAGCAAGUCAAAUCAAUGAGUAAACUGCGAAAGCUGAAACUAAAAGUACUCGGAUGGCAGAGUAAAAUUAAUUUUCCAACGGAUAAUAACCAGAACCACGUAUCGGAUGUUUUAAGAAAUAUUUUAGACCUCACGGAAAAUUCAACAGAACAACCGUUGAAGGUACAACAAUCUCCCCUACUUCAAUAUAGAUGUAUCACAUUUUGCUUUACGCAGAUGAGCUGGAAUAACUCAAAUGAUGAAGAACUAUUAAUACUGAAAUUUCAUAUUGAUUUGGAGUGUGACGAAUUGGAGAAGCUUCAAAGAUUUUCCUUGAUUAUACAAGAUGAACUUAAUGAGAUGCCAAAGCCAAGACACGAGAUUCCAGAAGAUUAUGAAAAAUCGCAAUCUACUCGUAAACCGCAAGACGCAUUACCCAAAGUUGCUGAUUUACCACUUUGGCUUCUCAAUGAAAAAGACAUCUAAGAAAUUCAAGAAGAGUACAUCAGAUUGAUGUCAAUACUUGGGCAUCCCGAAGAAGAAGAAUGGAAACACCUGAAAGAAAACAUUAUCAAAAGUGGACAAUCCAUAAAAUAUUUUAGUAAAAUGUUAGCAGAGUUUUACAUCCUUAUUGAUAAAUCAUACGAGUGUAAGGCGAAAGAAGACAUUGAAUGCCAAGAAAUAAUUAAUGAGGUUGUGAGACGAGAACAUUUCAAAGAACUCUUGAAAGUUUACUUUGCUGGCACUGAAAAUGAAGAACAUACCCGUAUGUUGGACAAUGAUUCCUGAAUAUAAGCAAUUAAGUACAUUGGUAAAAGCAAUUGAGGAACCAAUCCUAAUUUUCAAGCAUAAAUUGAGGUUGAAUGUGUUAAAAAGUAGGUGUCGCUACCUAUCAGUGUACAACACAUCUUUCAAGACACAAGAAACAGAAGGUAGUCCAUUAUAAAUCAACCUUUAAAUCAAAAUACAGAAUUUUAAAUAUA